CCAGAGACUUGCUUAGGACUCACUGGAUUGCUUCACCUUCCUCUUCUUCCUUCUCUCUCUUUCUGUGUCUGUUUUUGAUUCUCCCUCCCUCUCUUCCCCGUCUGCUUCAUCUGACAUUGAACCUCAAGCAGACCGUAUCCACAACAAUGGGACGGCAUUCUUGCUGUCUCAAGCAGAAGAUAAGGAAAGGCUUGUGGUCUCCUGAGGAAGACGAGAAGCUUUACAACCACAUCAUCAGAUAUGGUGUUGGCUGUUGGAGCUCUGUCCCGAAACUAUCAGGAUUGCAGCGCUGUGGGAAGAGUUGCAGGCUCAGGUGGAUUAAUUACCUGAGACCGGACCUCAAACGAGGCAGCUUCUCCCAGAACGAAGAGGAUUUGAUCAUAAGCCUGCAUGCAAUUCUGGGCAACAGGUGGUCUCAAAUUGCGUCGCAGUUGCCGGGGAGAACAGAUAAUGAAAUCAAGAACUUCUGGAACUCGUGUCUCAAGAAGAAGCUUCGACAGAGAGGAAUCGACCCGAGCAGUCAUAAGCCACUGAAUGAGAUAAAAGCAGAAGAAGAUGAGACCAGAAUGUACUGCUCAAACACUGGUGCUACAUCCGAGGAGUUGCCGACAAAACCAGUCUUUGAUACCUUCCCACUGGUCGAAAUCCAGACAUGUUUGGAUUCAGUAGCAGAGGAUAAUGUGAAUAUCUACAACCAAAUCCAUCAAACUUUAGAACCAUUGGGACAGAAGGAAGGAUUAUGUGACUAUAGCAGUGCGUUGUAUGUUACAGAGAAGUUUGGCUAUGGAGAGAGCUCAAGCAACAGCUGUAACUGGAACUGCAGCAUUGGAUCUGAGAUGAACAAUGUGCUUGGAAUUGAAGCCUUGAAUUGGGCAUCUGCCGAGAAGGUGGAAGCACCAACUCAUGUGCAGAUUAAUGGUGUGGAGUCUCAUGAACAAAGGUAUAGUUCUUGGCAAGAGAAGCAAGAUAUGGAGAGUUCUGAAGAUUACAGCACCUAUCCAUUGAUCUCAUUGUCUCAUGAUCUCUCAGGGACAUGCUUCAAUGUCCCUCGAGGUGCAUUGGCAAGUGAAUUCAAUGUGGACUUCUUCUAGAGUGACUCUUUGUUCAUUCCAUUUGAGAGCUUUUGGCAUUAUGAAUGCUAUAGAGAAAUAAAGAAACUUCACACUCGCUCUUCUCAAUUCCUUGAAGAAAAGUAAAGAUUGAAUGCUUGCUAUUUCUUCUAUCAGAUUCUUGUAGAGCUGGAAGUUGUAUUCUAGUAUUGUCAUUGUCUUAACCAUAUCUCUAUCAUCAUCAUUGUCAGAAACAUUGUAUGUUAUCAUCUGUUUCUUGUCCCUCAUGGAUCCCAUGUGCUCUGUGGCAACCCAAAAGGAAUGACUCCAAAGCAAAUG